CGCAGCGCACACACUCCCUCCCACGCGACUGUCGUGCGAUGGCGUCGCUGGACCUCAUCACGGGCGCAUCCAUGGCGUGCGGCUCUCCACGGGAACCCCUGCGCAUUGCGCACGCCUGAUUGGGUCGCCUGCACGAACACGAACUGUUGCUUCCAGAUUUCCCGCUCUGCCCAGUGCAGGAACAUGGCCGUUCUCGUACGCCCGCCCGCUCAACCUCGCUCGCGCCUUCUCCUGCACCUGCACCACCGCCGCCUCCGGAUGUGCUUGUGAGCACGCCGCCCUGUGCAACCUCACCAUAGUCGCUCGUUUGCCCGGCGACAACUCGAACGACAUCCUCUCCAACGGCGCGCGCGAAACGACCCGGCCGGCCAGCACAUUCCACGGUUGACACCUCCCGCAUACGGCUGCCCCAUCCGCGACGACCUCACGAGGUUCGGCAGCAGCACUCCCAUCUCCGCACUCCCUUCCGGGCGAUCCGAUCGAGAUCGAAUUCGAAACCCAUCUACAAACAGCAGAAGUGAGGGUGCGGCGGCCAUGGGGCGAUACCAUCAGCUCGCGCUCGCGCUCUUCGCGACGGCGGCGGUCGCACAACAGGGAGUUCUCACCAACGGCAAUAGCAAUCUGCCGGCAUGUGGACAGAGCUGUCCGCUGCUCGUGCAAGCCGCCCAGGCCUGCUCGGCAACCGAUGUGGCCUCGCAGAGCGCCUGGAUCUGCUUUUGCCAAUCCGCCUACCUGGUGAACUUGAGGUCUUCAGCCACGGGCAUCUGCGAUUCCACUUGUACGGGGGCCGAUCUGCAGCAAGUCAGCACAUGGUAUAACACGAACUGCGGCAGCGACAAUGGUGCAUCAGCACACGCAAACGCGGGGUCAGGAACGGCGGAUAGCACCGCAGCAAAUGGUGGAGGGAACGCAGCGGGCGGACAGACCACGCAGUCUUCAGGUUCCUCGGGCUCUUCAGGCUCUUCAGGCUCUUCAGGCGCAACAGGAGCCAAUACGCUCAGUGGAGUGAGCACAGGCGCGGACGAUCCAGGGACGUGGUGGGAGAAUCACUAUAAAUGGAUCAUCAUGCUCAUCGUUCUGGUGAUCGCAUUUCCACUGAUCGCAUGGGGCGCUGUCGUGCUCAAACGGCGGCACGAUCGCAAACAGGACCAGAUCACAGGAGGCUUCAACGAGGGUAUCACGACCCGACCUCCCAUGAGUGACAACAACAUGAACAGAUCCACAGCAUCAAUCCCUAUGGCGGCCGCCGGACCAUCUGGCAGCGGGAGAAACUCUCCACAACGCACGCGAGAAGCGUUUAUGCCCGCAGGCUAUGGCUACUCACGCAGCAGCAGCCGCAACGAAUCGAGACAAGGCGUUCAUCCUCUGGCGCGAGGAGAAACACCCGCUGAUAUCGUGGAGAGGGGACCAAAUGAUGCUGCAUCCGGGAAAGGAAAGCGGGUCAUGGUCCAAGAAAAGAGCGUCGGCGAGAGCAGUAGCGAUGGCAAAGAUGGCUCGUGGGUGUAAUACUGGUAUACAAAAAGAUCUCUCUUGGUCGGAGUCGCUUGCUUGGAUGGUUCGGGGAAGGGUCAUGAUGUCACGCAUAAUCUUUCUUCUUGGGUGUUCUUGUACAUGGCUCGACUUGGGCGACAGUCUGGAUGCAAUGCAGUGCAAGCACAAGAUCUUUUGGUUAACAACUUUCUUGUCCUUCGCGUUGCUUGUGGUCUUGGUAGGUUCUUUCGUCUCCUCGGCUGACGGCGACCAGUAGGAAGGCACAUCAGAACAUCGCGGCAAGAGAAGACGACAAGUCUUGUUAAGGUGUCAUAUCUUUGUCGCAGCG